CCGCAAAUUAUAUACAAUAUCCUGGAAAUCGUUUUUUUUUGUUUGUUUGUUUGUUUUUUUGAGAAUGAGAUUGAAUUCAGUGUUCACUAUUAAUGGUAGACUCUGGAGCAACGGACUAUUAAUGGACUCUGGAGCAACCGAGAGUGAAUGACCGACCUGGUGAGAGGGCGAGUGACACAGCGCGCGUCUUGAUUGGUGUGUAGGGGGCGGGGCGUAAAUGAAGAGUUAUUGUCCUGACACCGACAGGCUGUGUUCUUCAGGCCCGCCUUUUCUUCCUAACAUAUAAAACCCGCUGAACCACAAAACAGUUAUGCUUCUCAGGCGACCUCGUUUGUUCAGUUUCAUCAGACCACUUCAUACUACAGUCACUGCAAACAUGCCCAUCAAGGUUGGAGAGAGUCUGCCAGCUGUGGAGGUCCAGGAAGGAGACCCGGGAAAUAAAAUUUCCAUCGCCCAGCUCUUCAAAGGGAAAAAGGGGGUACUGUUUGCAGUGCCAGGUGCCUUUACUCCUGGAUGCUCCAAGACACAUCUCCCGGGAUUCGUUACUGAUGCAGCAAAGCUGAGGAGCAAAGGUGUGCAGGAGGUGGCCUGCGUCUCCGUGAACGACGUGUUUGUCAUGGCCGCAUGGGGAAAGGAACAUGGCACAGAUGGCAAGGUGCGAAUGCUGGCCGAUCCCACAGGAGCCUUCACUGCGGCAGUUGAUCUCUUUCUGGACAAUGAUGACAUUUUGAAGGUACUUGGUAACAAGAGAUCCAAGAGAUAUGCAAUGGUUGUUGAGGACGGUGUGGUGAAGAAGCUCAAUGUGGAGGCUGAUGGAACUGGUCUCAGCUGCAGUUUAGCCUCAAACGUCCUCUCUGAUCUGCUCUAAAGCACAGACUGCACCAGCUUCUACAUCCUGACUGUCUUUUUCUCUGUUCACUGAUCAGUAUUUCAGUUAAAAAAAAAAAAAAAAAAAAGAGCCAUGGCAGUGGCAAUGCAACCAAAGAAAGCACAGCGGUACUGUAAUAGAGGAUGUUAUAGAGUUGAGUAAGACAUCAACGCACAAUAGCAUUGCUGUUACUGACACUGACUUAUCUACACAAUAAUAAACAACUUUACAGUGAA